GCGGGAGUUGAAGUUAGCGAGCGGGGGAGCUGCGGGUGGCGACGACCCGUCGAGGGGGGUGGGUGGGAGUGGAUUGGGUGUCCCGCUCUCGGGAGCGCGGCUGCCGCCGCCAUGGCCUUGUCGGAGAGUCAGCUUAAAAAAAUGCUUGGCAAGUACAAGUACAGAGAUUUAACUGUUCAAGAGACUGUCAGUGUUAUUACCCAGUACAAGGACCUUAAGCCUGUAAUGGAUGGAUAUGUUUUCAAUGAUGGCUCAUCAAGAGAAUUGAUGAGCCUUACUGGAACCAUUCCUGUGAUUUACAGAGGCAACACUUACAAUAUCCCAAUUUGUCUGUGGCUGCUGGAUACAUACCCAUUCAAUCCCCCCAUCUGUUUUGUUAAGCCCACUAGUUCAAUGACUAUAAAAACUGGGAAGCAUGUUGAUGCAAACGGAAAGAUAUAUCUUCCAUAUCUACAUGAGUGGAAGCACCCGCAGUCCGAUUUGAUAGGACUGAUUCAAGUUAUGAUUGUGGUGUUUGGAGAGGAACCUCCUGUCUUUUCUCGACCUACUGUUUCAGCGUCUUACCCACCUUACCAAGCAACAGGACCACCAAACACUUCCUACAUGCCAGGUAUGCCAAGUGGAAUGUCUCCUUACCCCCCUGGACCACCUCCCAACACAAGUGGUUAUCCAAGCUAUCCCUAUCCUCCCCCUAGUGGACCAUUUCCAGCAACAACUAGCACACAGCUCUACCCUUCUCAGCCUCCUGUGACUACAAUGGCAGAUGGCAGAAGAAAGCAGAAACGGGUAUGGAUUUGUGGUCAUUCAUAUGUUUUCUGGGCAGAAAAACGGGCACUUGAGCGAAGCUUUGGCCCACAGUUGGGCAUUCCAUUUGAGGAUGCCAAAUUAUAUUGGCUAGGAAAGAGCGGCAUGACAUGGGAUCAAUUAACACCAACCCUCUUGCAUGCACGGCGACGUCUACCAGAUCCUGAUAUACUGGUGGUGCAUCUAGGAGGAAAUGACCUGGGGACAGCAAGUGAUUUUGAAAUCAUAAACAGAAUGAAGAAGGAUUUAAGACAUCUCAAGCAAGUCUUCAAGAAUAGCAUUCUGGUCUGGUCCAAUAUUGUUCCCCGCAAAGUAUGGAACCAAGAGGUGCCUCAUAAGAUGAUGGAGCAAAGCAGGCAAAGAGUCAAUAGAGAAAUCGGCUUCUUUAUAAAUGGUAUUGGAGGGAGUGUGAUCCAACACAAUUCGCUUGUCCCAGAAUCUCCUGGAUUGUUUCAUCUAAAUGGUGUCCUGUUGUCUGAAAGUGGUACAGAUGUCUUCAACCUGGAUUUACUGAGUGUUUUGGAGACUUUAAUCUGACUGGAGGAAAAAUUACUGAUGGAAGCUUUGUGUUAAAUAAGAAUCUCUCUAGCAAUCUAGGUCAUUAGGUGAAGAUUGCAAACAAUGUGACAAAAUGAGUUUGCAGACACUGGAGUUGCCUUGUUAGAUUGCUAAUGCUAUUUGAUGUCUGGCACUGUUCUACAACUAUUACAGUAAUACAUACACCCAUUUAUUAUAUUUAAGCAUUGUGCAAGCUCCAUUUAAUAUUUUUGUGUUGAAUUCAGUUCACUUACUCAGUUUACUUAGAAAUGCUGUCAGACAGUUUACCCUGAUUUUAAUUUCACCCCUAAAAAUACUCAGUGUAUAUAACAUUGUGAUAACCAACUAAAUGAAGUGACAUUGCCAAAGUUGUUUCAGUGCUAAACAUUGAUACCAUCAUGUUUGCACUAAGUUUUACACUUUAGAACUUAAAUAGAAUUAACUUUUUGAAUGGAAGGGCAAGUAGGAUUCUUCUUUUUGAACAGUGCAAAAACACAGAUGCUCAUCAAUUGAAUUAAAUAGACUAAUGUAGGAAUAUUUAUGAUGGAAGUGAAAGGUAAAGGGUUGGAUUCUAUGCUUUGUGAUCAUCCUAUGUCCAACCCCAUCUUACAGCAGCAUGCUGCACUUCCAUAAAAAAUGCUCCAAAUUGUCAGUUCACCCUUGGGAACAGUUCAGGGGGCCUGUAGGGUAAUGAGAGAAGGAAAUAAACUGAAACAUCACAUAAGCAGAUGUGUUCCUUGUAUGAGCAGAAAAAGACACAAGACCUCUAGCCCAAGUAUUUAAGGUAUAUUAAUGUUGUUAAAAUGGGUUUAUACAAGGUAACUUGCCUUGUUUGCAUCUUUAAUGGUUUAUGUUACUCUAGACAUUAAAGGAUUUAGGUACAGAGAGGUUCCCCAGUCAGAAGGUCCACACAUUCUCCAGCGCAUGUAAGGAACUUUUGCAUAUAAUCGUAGCGUCACAGGUGAAGGAUUUUGCAGUUUCAAAUGGCAGAUUCUAUGUAAAUAAUGUUACUGUAGGUCCACUUCCCAUAACUAACACACUGUGCUUGUCUUUUUCCUAAGCACUUGGUUUCAGUAAAGAUGUUGCAAUUGAACGGGUGACUGCAGAGACAGCAUUUUUUAAAAUAUAUUAAAAUAUAUGAAGUUGAUUUUCUGCCUGUCCUUAAGCUGUCUAACUAUUUGACAGUGUCUUUGUGCAGCAGUCAUGCUGCACGUUGCUUUGGAAUUGCUGUAUCAUAUUUUCCUGGAAAAUGGCAGAAGAUUGUGUCAAUUUGUACAAUCUUACAGAGUAAACAUUUUUACUAUCAAUUUAAGUGCUCACCACAAGUUAAACAUACAGAUAUGUGUUAGCAGAGAAAGGGAUAUAAUUGUUCAAGAAUCUCUCUAGCAUCACUGCUUGAUUUAAACUCCUACCAUUAAGAUACAUGAUCCCUAGCAAGGUUAAGGAUAGUAUCACUUAUAGAAGAGUUUUGAAAGAAGUCACACAAGUUCAUAUCUCCGGGUGCUUGACAGUAAAUUUCAUGUAGAUCACUUUUAUAUGAGAUGGUGCCUUUUAAAACAUUCAUAUAAGAGAAAGAGAGAGAGCAUAUUUUAAUGGUGUUAUGUCAUUUCCCCAUCUGCUUUAAAGUCAAGUUACUACCUAGAAAAAUGUUAUUUAGUUAUUCUGCUCAACUUUUUGGCCAUGGACUAUGGGAAUGGUAUCUCAGCAGGAACUUAAUUCUGUAAUGUAGUGCAGGAUAAGUGAAUCUUGCCUUUCAUAGAAGUGUAUCUCAUUACAUCUUAAAAUGAAAUCUUGACUUCUGUUUGAAUACCUCUGGAGGUUUUCCACCAGGAUAAGGAAAACUAUAUGGCCUUUUGGGGAAAAAAAACGAGCUCAGAUCUAUCUAUAUGUGUGUAUGUAUACACAUAUGCAUAUAUGUGUAUGCAUGUGUGUGUAUAUAUAAAAUGGACUAGUUCUUUCUAAUGAAAUAGAGAGGCACUUAAAAGUACACAUACCAAACUACAUUUUGUACACUGCUUGUAAUUGGACCUUUCAAAGUUCCUAUAUUCUGGCUGGACAUACUGUCUUUUCUGUCUUACUGAUGUUGGAUAGUUAUUUUGAUUAAUUAAUCUAAUUUGUGUAACUUAGUGAUUUGUGUAUUGAAAAUAAAGCAGUAGUCUUUA